AAUCUUUGCAUCUUGUCCUCAUUCUUUCAUGCCGUUCGAUUCGACUGCCCCAGCUGCGGGCCACGUUGCAGCUUUCAUUGACGCUGCGCAGCAGUAUGUCACUGCAAAUCCUGGCAGAGCAGCUUUGUUGGGACUCUUUUAUACGCCGGUUCUCAUUGUUUUGCUAAAUAUCCUUCGGCAGCUGGUUGUUCCCCGAGACCCUUCACUACCUCCCCCUCAUAAGAGGCCGCCAAUUUUCUCUCCUUCCUUACUGUUGUUCCCCGAGACCCUUCACUACCUCCCCCUCAUAAGAGACCGCCAAUUUUCUCUCCUCACUUACUGUAAUGAGGUCCAGGAUCAGCGACACAAUCAAUCUGUCAGUUCUGGAUCAACUCGUGCAAAAAACUUGGUGCUAUAUAUUAUCCCUACCCAUCACGAGUUGUCAGUUAACCCACCCCCCCCCCCCCCCCUCCAGUACUCCCGCCUGGUGCAAGUCAACCGGAUUCUGGCACGUCGUCUGUUACCCCCCAGUACUCCCACCUGGUGCAAAUCAACCAGGUUCUGGCGCAUCAUCUGUUACCCCCCAGUACUCCCACCUGGUGCAAAUCAACCAGGUUCCGGCGCAUCGUCUGUUACCCCCCAGUAUUCCCACCUGGUGCAAAUCAACCAGGUUUCGGCGCGUCGUCAGUUAACUACCCCCUCCCCUCCCUCCCAGUACUCCCCGCCUGGUGCAAGUCAACCGGAUUCCGGCGCGUCAUCUGUUACCACCCAGUACUCCCACCUGGUGCAAAUCAACCAGGUUCUGGUGCGUCGUCAGUUAACCACCCCCCCCUCCCUCCCAGUACUCCCGCCUGGUGCAAGUCAACCGGAUUCCAGCGCAUCGUCUGUUACCCCCCAGUACUCCCACCUGGUGCAAAUCAACCAGGUUCCGGCGCGUCGUCAGUGA